AUGACUUUGACUGGUCUUAAACGCUCAGGAGACGACACAAGAGCUUGGGGCCCUCCGUUUGUGGGUGAAGAGAGUGCUUAUUUUCUGAGUGUGAACAGAAACAAAAAGAGCAUCGCUGUUAAUCUUAAAGAUCCAAAGGGCACCAAACUUAUAACUGAGCUUGCCAAAGUCUGUGAUGUUCUGGUGGAGAAUUACUUGUCCGGGAAGCUGAAUGAGAUGGGACUUGGGUACGAGGAGUUGAGUAAAGUGGCCCCUCAGCUCAUCUAUUGCUCUAUAACGGGAUAUGGACAGACGGGCCCCGAGUCACACAAGCCUGGUUAUGACUCCAUUGCGUCUGCGGUGUCUGGUAUGAUGCACAUCACUGGUCCUGAGGAUGGAGACCCAGUCAGGCCAGGUGUCGCUAUGACAGAUCUGGCCACUGGUUUAUACACUCAGGGAGCUGUCAUGGCUGCUUUGAUUCAGCGACAGAAAACAGGACGAGGCCUUCAUAUAGACUGCAAUCUUCUGUCUUCACAGGAGAAGUCACCCAGGCUCUUCUCGAUAACUGUGCUGGAUUUUGUGCAUGGAUUUUUUUCGUGGCUGGCAGGAAUUUAUCGGAUGCAUGUCUUAUCUGUGGGCUGA